AUGUCGAUGCCCAAUAGUCUAGACUUUGCGACCGUUGAUGUGUUUACCCGCACCCGCUUCAAAGGCAAUCAGCUUGCCAUCGUCAAACUGCCAGCUGAGGCGGAAGGUCUCAACCAGCAGACGAAACAAGCCAUUGCCCGUGAAUUCAACUUCUCUGAAACGGUCUUUCUGCAUGCCCCUAGACCUGAUUCCCAGGAGCGUCGCCUCGAUAUAUUUACCUCUACGCAGGAAUUGCCAUUCGCUGGGCAUCCUAUCAUUGGCAGCUUAGUUCAUGUAGCUCAGAGCACCUCCCCGCCAUUAGAGAAUGUGAAAUUCGUCCUGAAGGCUGGUCCACUUGUUGGCAGGUACAAUCGGCGGACGCUGCAGGCAGAGGCUGAAGUCCCGCAUAAGGUCCACAUCCACGAAGCGAAAGCCCGCAGGAGCGAUUUCCUCGACAGGCAACCCAUCGACAGGCUUCCUCAGGAUCCAAAAUACAGCCAUUUCCCUUUCGUCUCUAUUGUCAAAGGGAUGACAUUUGCGUUGAUCGAAGUACCUGAGCUCGCAAAUCUUAGCGCACUAGAUCCGUCCGCGCAGAUUGACCCAGAUUCCGUUUUAAGCCUCGACGAAGGUUGGGAGCCUUCACUCACAGCUUCUUACUACUAUACGCUUACGGGAACCUUGCAAACCGAAACGACGAUCCGGAGCAGAAUGUUCUCACCACGCAUUGAAGAGGACGCAUGUACCGGAAGCGCAGCCUGCACUCUGGCAUCAUACCUCUCGCUUCUGCGUAGCGAAGCUGACAAAACGUAUGCAUAUGUGAUCGAGCAAGGGGUCGAAAUGGGCCGCACAGGUGAGAUACACGUGACGGUCACGCUGGACAGCAGCGGUAAAAGCGUCGAGAAGGUCGUUCUUGCUGGAAGUGCUGUGGAUGUUACGUCAGGCUGUCUGAUGUUACCCUGA